CCCCUGAAAAUGGGCACCUUGGGAUCCUGGAUGUCACCUUUUUAGUCCUGAACCCUUCUUCCACUCAUAGAUCUUCGAGGUAAUUUUUCUCCAUUCCUCUAGUUUGUUCGGAUGAUGUUGCCUUUUUAUACCAAAAUCACUUGGGAGGGACAGGUGGAAAUGAUUCAGCUCUAUUGGUACUUUCUGAAUGAGCAGUAUUGCUACUCUAUAGGUGGAACUUUGAAUAGUUUUUACCUUUUUGGAAAGCCUAGGGGAACUCUGCAGUGGAAGAGUGACACAAGGCUUCCUCUUCUUAGACCAAUGAUCACACUGUCAGGACUCCCCCAGGUGUGACUUUCAGAUGAGAAUUUUCCUAAAAAGAUACUUUAAACUAUUUUGUUCCUGUUUGUAUAUGGGAAUCAGCAGUUGUCUGUUUUCAUUAAUUUGACAUUUUCUUCAUCCAUUUUUUCCAUAUUCAACUAAUAUAAUAUUGUUGGUUAUAUGAAAGAAUAGGCCUUGGUGAAUUCAAAGAAAUUGUAGAAAUCAUCAGGAUUCAUUUUCAUUCAAAUGUAAAAAUGUCUAAAGUGCUUAUAACCGAUGGAAUAUUGGGGAAAAUGAAGACUACAGGAAAUCUUAUUCAGCCAAUGAAAAAACAUUUCUGCUUUUCCUUUCUUCAGAUGGGGGCACUAGGCCUCAGACCAAGGAGUCCACUCCAAAGUUAAGAGUUUCUAUGAAGGACUUAUCCCAAAUGACAUCCAUAGGGAAUGGCCCUUGCACCUCUGAGGUAGGAAAAGCCUGGGAGUAUUAUGGCAGGUUCAAGAAAGAGCAAAAUAAUGAGGGGAAACAUUCUAGCAAAGGAAAAGAAAUCCAAACAGAAGCUGCUGUUGGAGUCAGAACCUCUGAAUCCUGUACAUACAGCCAAACCUCCAGCUCAAAGCCAGUCCUUGUUCCACAACAGGGAUUCUCUGUAGUAAUGGAUCUCCAUAACAGUGAGAAUCAGAGAAGGAGCUUCACCAUGGAGUCGGACCAAAGACAGUGCCUUCAAGUCUGUUCACAGCAGAACUAUUCUGAGGGGAAGGAAUGUCAGAAAGCUUUCCAUUCUGGUUUGGACCCCAUUAAAACAUCUGAAAUUCAUGCUGAAGAGCAGUUUCAUGAAAAUGGGAAUUCUUUCCUCCUGAAUAACAAACUUACUCUACACCAGAAAAGUCAUAUGGGAAAAAGGUGCUCGGAAUUGACUUCAUGUGAGAAGAUAUCUUGUCAGAAAGCAGAUGUGAAUCAACAUUCCAGUAUUCAGAGUCAAAACAAAUCUUAUAAAUGCAGUGAAUGUGGAAAGAUCUUGCGAAGGAAAGUAAGUCUUACAGAGCACUACAGAAUUCACACUGGGGAGAAACCUUUCAAAUGCAGUGACUGUGGAAAAGCCUUCCACAUGAAGACAGUUCUUGUACGGCAUUGUAAGAUUCAUAAUGGAGAGAAACCUUUCAAAUGCAGUGACUGUGGAAAAGCCUUCCGGCAUAAGAUCUGUUUGGUACAGCAUUGGAGGAUUCACACUGGAGAAAAACCUUUCAAAUGCAAUGACUGUGAAAAGGCCUUCAGGCAGAAAGCUGCUCUCUUACAGCACUGUAGGAUUCACACUGGACAAAAACCUUUUAAAUGCAGUGACUGUGGGAAAGCCUUUCUUUGGCACUCAACGCUGAAUCGACAUCAGAGAACUCACACUGGGGAGAGACCCUAUGAGUGUAGUGAAUGUGGGAAGACAUUCCAAACAAGCUCCAGCCUGACUCAGCACCGUAGCACUCAUUCAGGAUUAAAACCUCAUCGGUGCAGUGUGUGUGGGAAGGUGUUCUCUCAUAAGUCUGGUCUUACCAAUCACAGCAGUAUUCACACUGGAGAGAAACCAUAUGAAUGCUCUGAAUGUGGGAAGAUCUUCCGCCUGAAAUGUGAACUCAAACAGCACUGCAACAUUCAUACUAGAGGGAAGCCUUUUAAGUGCAAUGACUGUGGGAAAACCUUUCCUUGGAGCGCAGCAUUGACCAUACAUCAGAGAAUUCACACUGGAGAGAGGCCCUAUGAGUGUAGUGAAUGUGGGAAGACAUUCCAAACAAAGUCCAACCUGACUCGGCACCAGAGAACUCACAGAAGACUAAAACAUCAUUAGUUUACUGUAUGUGGAAAAGUGUUCUCUCAGAAGUCUGCUCUUAUCAAUCACAGCAGUAUUCACACUGGAGAGAAACCAUAUGAAUGCUCUGAAUAUGGGAAGAUCUUCUGCCAGAAGUCAGAUCUUACACAGCACUUCAGCAUUCACAAUAGACAGAAACCUUUUAAAUGCAGUGAUUGUGGGAAAGCCUUUUUCUGGAACUAACCCGCCAUCAGAGAAUUCACACUGAAGAGAAACUCCCUGAAUGCACCGAAUGUGGGAAAGCCCACACCCAGAAUUCAGGUCUUUCCUGACAUCAGAGAAUACAUGCCAGAGAGAAAUCCUAGGAAUAUCAUUAAUGGGGGAAAGCAGUCCUUCUGAUCAAAGGACAUCCUUAGUACUAUAGAACUCAUGAUGGAGAAAAACCUCAUUAACUUAAUUAUUGAAGGAAAACACUCUAGUGUGCUGAUCCAGAUUAAAAUGUAAUUUGAAAAUAUUUAAGAAAAUAAAUGCACAAAAAAA